AUGGCCAGCUCUACUCGGCGUCCUCAACGGCAACCGAAACGGAAAGGAAAAUCAAAGCAGAAAUCGAACGAGGGUGAUUAUGGGCAAGGGAAUAGUGAGGAAGACCCAUUGGAAGAACUUACCCGUCCUCAGCUCUUGGAAAUCAAUCGGGUCUUCGAUGCAAUCGUCUCAGGCAAUUCACUCAGACAAAAGCCGACUAAUCAACCCCUGCAAGAUAAAACAGACAUCACUACUCAAGAAGAAAUCCAAAACCCGCAGCAGACCUCACCGGAUGACCAAGGUGGCGGUUUUAUCGUCGAGGAUGAAGAAAGAUUUGAAGGGGGUGGCUUCCUCAUUGAAGAUGAAUCAAGGCAGGGGGGAUUCGAAGCUGGUGGAUUUCUCAACGAAGAUGCUGGGUCGGAUGUUGAAGCUGGUGGAUUCCUUCCCGAAGAAACCGAGGCUGAGGUGGAAGCUGGUGGGUUCAUGACCGAGGAAACUGCGUUGGAUGUGGAACUUGACCAAUCGAUCGACCACAGCAAACCAAGACCAACUGAAGAUCGAGAUCGAUCCACCUCAUCACAGAAAGUUUCGAAUUAUAUUGAUAUUCGAAGAAUUCCAGACGCGCUAAAAAUGUUAAACUUACCUCACCGGAAUAGUGAAAUAUUAGAAAUCUUCGAGAAUGCGGCUUCCUCGGAUGAAGGCGAGCAAUCUGAUCAACAAGCUCGAUCGUAUGGACGGAAAGAAAAGCUAAUAAGUCGGAUGAAAUUCUCAAAAGUCUGUGCCGUCUUGAUGAUGACCAAUGGGAACAACGAUACCUUGGGGACAGAUGAGAUCGAUAGGACUGAUCAAGACGAUCGAAGAAAGGAGCGGGUUGAGGAAGAUGAGGAUUACUAUAUCGACCAGGGUUCUUCAGACCAAGCCUCUUCAGCCUCAGACUAUCAACCCGAUCCUCCUCAAGAUGGCCCUUCUGUCCGUAAUCGUAUCAGAAGAAGUGGCAACCAAACCCCUCGAUCAAGAACCUCCGCCGCCUCUGAAUGUGAUCCGUCGGAUGUAAUAUCGGCCAAGGCUCGCCGUAAACCUCACCAGGCAAAGCGUAAAAAACGGAAGGCGUCUUCUGAGGUAGAAGCUGACGAAGAUGAGGAUGAAGUUUCGAUGCAGAACUCUGCACUCGAAACUUUUGCCUUAUUUCUUGAGCCAACAACCAUGAAUUCUGAUGUCAGACUUGGCGAAACGAUGCCAGACGAAGAGAUCUUAGAGAUGCUCAACUACGCUUCAUAUACCAACAAUUCUCGGGUUACAUUCGACGCAUUUGAAAAAUUGAUGAAAGAGAUCAGGACGUCAUGA